CUUGAACAAAAGUAGAAGACGCAGACCCAGCAGAUACGAGAUGACUUUGAAGGAAAGACAACUCUUGGAGGCGGUGGAUAAAGGCCACACCAAGAUGAUAGAGAUUCUGAUCUCGCAGGGCGCAAGCGUCAACUGCCGAGCUUCACUCGCCGCCAAUAAUGAAGAUGACGGUGCCACACCUUUGAUUAAAGCAGCUAAAAAUAGAAAUCACGUGGUUCAAAAAAUACUCUUACAAAAAGGAGCAGAUAUUACUGCAAGGGAUGAGUUGGGACUGUCGGCGAUUCAUUACACGGCGGAGCCAGGAGACACAGAAACUCUAAAGCUGUUACUGGCCUACCAGUCACCGAUAGACGCCAGGGAUGUGGAGGGGUGCACACCUCUUCAUUAUGCCGCAGAUCGCAAUAAUUUGGCAGCAACAGAAAUUCUCAUCUUUUGUGGGGCGGACGCUUACUCCAAAAAUAAGAAAGGAGUGUGCCCAUAUUCUAUCAACAGAAAUGAAGAUUUCCGAAAAAUCGCCAGUCAGUCCAAAAAAGUUUUAGAAGCCAUUAAAAACAAAGAUGUGAUUAUACAACACGAUGAACUUUUCCCAGGAAAGGUUAGUUUCUUUGAAGAUAUUGAACUUAGAAUAUUCACUCCCCACAAUUUUGAUCUGACUAGCAUCAGCUUCUUGUGUCGACGUGUUCGACCGGAACUCUGCAUGGAAUCACUUAGGCCUGUCGGGAAAGAAAUCUUGAUCAGCGAUGCGUUUGAGUAUAUAACUUCUACUGUUCAUGUAAGAAGAAUGGUAGAACUGGAAGUUCCACUUUACGAUCUUUCUGAUCCAUACGAAGUAAUCAAGAUAAAAACGAACGAAGGUGUUAUAGAAGAUCCAUCUGCAAUAGUUGAAGGACCAACAAUAUUAAGCGAGCACUCUGGGAUUUUGCGCUGGAAGUUAAGAAUACGUUUGGAUAUUACGAAAACAAAAUCCUUUAUUCUUAUCACAAUACCAAAGGUGGAGAAAUUUCCUGUAAAUGGAGAUAUAUCUAGCGGAGGGGAUUUUGUUUCAGUGGUAGAUAGAUUUAUUAACAUAAGAGUUGCUCCGGAUACUUUCCAUUCAGGGACAGUCAACUUAGAGGUUAUUCCAGCUCCAGUGUAUAAACCUGAACACUAUAGGGCAGUGUUGUCCCUUGGUCACUUCUACGACUUGCACCACAGUCAGGGCUGUAACAGGUUUCAAGAAAAUGGGGUAACAUUUACUUCUCCUUUACCCCACGAGUAUGAAAACGAGGGAGAACUAUGUGUACUAGCAGCAGAUAUCCCAGAAGAUUUCGAUCCCGACUUAGACGAGCCUCUGGACGAAAAUGUUUGGGAAAUUUUGAAGAGAGAUCCGAAGAUACAGAAAGGAAAAGUUUCUUGCGAUCUUUCCCACUUCUCGACGCACGUACUGGUGGAACGUAGUGAGGGAGCCCCAGACAAAGAAUUAAAAUCCAACGUCAAUAAACUCCACACUAAAGCACUGAAAAGAGCAAAAAUAGUCCAGUUUUUUGCUGUGAUUAAACCAAAGCCCGAUAAUCAAUAUGACACAAUUCUAGAGUGCGCAAAACCUCAGAAAAUAAAGGAUAGGCUGAAUUACUGGAAGACUGAAGACUAUAUAGUGUUGAGUCCGAAGUGUACUGGAGAAUAUGAAUCUUAUGAAAAACAGGAAUAUGAUAUCACAGUGUCCGGUAACCUUAAAAUGUUUGCUGGAACAAGCCAACUGGAAUUUCACUCAAAAAGACAAGAAAACUUUCAAAGCAUGAAUAUAUCCAUUUUAAACAAGGAGGAGCCUCAAUCAGGUUCUCUAGAUGUGAUAAAAAUGCCAAAACAGAAGAAAUUGACCAGCAUCAUUCUAUGGCUGUCCGAUUUGCCUGUUAAGAAAGUUCGAAAAGAAGAAGACACAUUUAAGGGUUUUACUAGAGAGAAACUGCUCAAGAAAAUUGUUUCCAAGCUCGGUCAGGAAUGGGUUCAGUUUUGUGUUUUGCUGGGUGUUCCAUUUCACAAAGUGGAAAAAAUUCGCGUCGAGUCGACAACAAAAAGUGCAUCACUAGGAAAGAAGGUCGUAAAGAUAUUGCUAGAAUGGCGAAAAAAUGCCCAGCACCUAGACGAUAUGGGAGUGGUGGAUCUAGUCACGUCGCUCUCCAGAGUGGGGCGGAAAGACGUAUCAGACUGGGUUCAUAAGAAAUUGGGUCAAUGGUUGAAAGAGAAUGAAUUUGAGAAAGGUGACAGGUUUUAUAAGUGGGCAGAAAAUGCCAUGAAAGGAACUUUGGAGAUUUCGAAAAAUGACGAUUACCCAGAACCAAUGUCAAACGAAUUCUUUGUUCUACUGGUUGAAAAAUUUGCUAAUCCGGAAUUUCAGAAUUUAGGUGUGUCGCUAGGAAUAUCAGAAAAUCAGAACGCCAACAUAUUUGCCGACACAACUUUUCCUAAUUACCAAUAUAAAGUUUUACAUAUGUUGAUCGUGGCACGUGAGCUUCAUGAAGACCGCAUUGAUGCCCUAUCAGACCUUAUUAAAGCUCUCCAAUCCAGUGAAAAUAAAGACGCCGUAGACUGGAUUAACAACUGUAAAAAUAAAUGGACAGAGAAAAAUAAAGAUACGAGGGAAAUGACUAAAUUUCAGCUUGAUCUUGAGCGAUCCAUUCGGAAAGAGGAGGGGAAGGAGGACGACAGUGAGGUAGAGGAGGAAAAUAGCGAAAACGACGAGGACGACGACGACGAGGAAGGAACUCCUCAAGCAGUCCAGAACGAGGCUGGGAAUGCCACCUCAGAACAAGAUCAAAAAUACAACUCCGAACUCAAAGAAAACAGAGAUAGUAUUACAUUCAAUAAAAGUGAUCAAAAGUCAAACGAGGACACUGAUGGCAAAUCCAAAUUUAAUGAAUCAGAGCUUAAAGAAAAGAAGAAUGUCGAGAAACCAUCUGACAAAGAAAAUGAAGUAGAUAGGUCAAAAAUACAAUCUAGUGACACGUCUGCUAUCAGUGAUCUAGAGAAAAAGGCAGAUGAUGUACAUUUGUCUGUAGACGACAGUCGUAAUACAGAAUCCAAAUCUGAACUUGUAAUAGAAUAGCAAAUAAGAAAUUCUUUCAAUAAUGCUAUUGUGUAAAUCCUUCAUUAGUAAAAAAAUUUUAUGUUUUAUCUAUUUAAUAUUGCAAUUGUGUGAAUGUGACAUUUGUCAAAAUUGAUGUUUUUAACCAAUUGUCCAAAAUUAUGUUUUAUAAACAUCUACAAAACCUUUCAACGGUACAAGAUGAAGAUUUACAACUACCUACAAAACCUUUGAACGGUCUAAAAUGAUGUCUAUUAACUAUUCAAUGAUGUGUUUUGUGCAUGAUACAUUUGUCCAAAAUUAAGAUAUAAAACUAUUUACAAAAACUUUCAACGUUCCAAAAUUAUGUUUUAUUACUAUCUACAAAACUUUUUAA